AAGCAGAUGCACCGCAGUUGAAGAAAGCACUGCCCCUUCGGAGCUGCUGUGAAGACUGAAGAGUGGCACAGAGAGAGAGAGAUGGGGGGAAGGGGAGCAGGGGAGGCGUUGAUGGCGUACAGAGCGGUGCUAAGAGCGACUCGAAAAACGUUCGCAGGGGACCACUUGAUGUUGAGGGAGUCGGCGGCGGAGGUGAGGAAGAAAUUCGAGGAGAACCGCCACGUCAGCUCCGAAACCGAGAUCCAGAGACUCCUCGCUGAGGCUCGUGAGGCUUCUGAUUUCAUUUCCACCACCAUUGUCCAGGCCAAACUCAACCCCUCCGGCGGUUACGAGGUGAAGCCAGGUAAAGAGCAUGCAGGAGCGAUGCUUGAGAUUCCUUCCGAAGAGAUUCUUAACAAGGCUGCAUGAGGAGAGGAGGGAGUUAAUUGGCAUCCAAUUGGCAAAUUCUCCGUGUGCUCUAUUGACACUGUUGAACUUAACAAUACUGUAAUAAGCUAUUAUUUUGGGUUUCAUUUUGUUCUAUUGAAUCAACAAUUAGAUGUGAGCGAAUCUAACCCUUCUUUAACAACAAUGGUUUGUUUUUCUA